CACCCUUAUUUACCAAAGCUAUGGAUCUCAACGAUCUCUGUGUCCAGCGUCGUUGAAACUCGCCAUAGAGCCUUUCAUAUACCUACACCUGGAUAGAUCUGUGAUCUCCUUUGCUUGCUUUCAUAUCCAUCAUGUCGUCGUCGAUGAAGCCAAUGUCGGCGCUGCUGUCCACCCUGCGCCGGGCCGGCCGGCAGCACCUCACGGCGUCCACCGUCGGCGCGAGGCCGCGCGUCAUCGGCUCCCACGUCCUCCGAAUCCACGGCUACACGCACGUGAAGCAGACGGUCCCCAACGGCGAGGCGGUGGAGUCAGCCACGUUCCACGUCGGCGGCCGCGCCUGCCGGAUCAAGUGCUAUCCGAACGGCAGCGGCAAGAAACACUACGGCUACACGUCCCUCUUCCUCACCAGCCUCCACGACGCCGGCACGGUGGGCCUCCAGCUCAGCCUGCUCGACCGGGACGGGAGGCCGUCGCUCACCCGAGCCACGGAACAACGACGCUUCUGGAUCGGCGACAGCGCGGGCUGGGGUUGGAAAGAUUUCGUCAAGAACGACGAUCUGGUCGAGGGAGAGCACCUCGUGGACGACUGCCUCACGGUCCUCUGCGCCGUCACCGUCCACGACCCUUCCUUGCACGCCGAGGAGGUUGCCGCGCCGGCAGCGGCCGAGCCGUUCGACCUACGUGGGGAGCUCGGGGAGACCAUGUGGAACGAGACGGACGUGACGAUCCACGUCGGCGACGAGACGUUCCCGGCGCACCGGUCGGUGCUGGAGGCUGCGUCCCCCGUCUUCAAGGCGGACCUCGAGAACAACGCCACCGGCAAGGUACGCGUCGACGACAUGGACGCCCCGGUGUUCAAGACCCUGCUCCAGUUCAUGUACACGGGCUCGCUGCCUGACAAGAACCAGCUCGUGGCGGCGGACAGGUACGCGCUGGAGAAGAUAAAAGCCGUCUGCGAGGAGGCGCUGUGCCCGCGCGUCGACAUGGGCUCCGUGGGCGCCAUGCUGGCGUUGGCGGAGCGGCAUGGAUGUGCCGUCCUGAAGAAGGCGUGCAUGGAGUUCCUCUCAAUUCCCGGUAACCUAUUGUCAUUCAUGACGACCAAGGGUUUUGAACCCAUCUACGGUGCUGGAGCUUCUCGUGAAGCAGCCAUAGCCUGAUGGAUAUAUACGUGCAGCUUGCUGCCUAGUUAAAUUAGCUACAAUCGCUAAAUCAGAAAAGUUAAUUAGAUUUUUUGGGUGCAUUUUA